UGAUCACUUGCCGAUAUAGUUACACACAUAUUUCGGAGAGGUCAACAUGAAGGCGUACAUUGCGAUCGGAUUUGCCGCAUUGGCCAUAGUUUCGGUAAUGGGUGCUCCAGCCGCCGAAGAGUCUGGCCCAAUCGACAAACGAAGCAUCGGGGAAACAGUCGACUAUUACGAUCACGUGCUACAUCCAGACUUGGAGAAGAUUCAUCAACAGGAGAACGAGGUUCAGCACCAGGAGCUGCACCACGAGCAGCAUGGAGAUGAUCAGCAAUAUCAGCAAUAUCAUCAUGAUCAUCAUCAACUCCAGCUUCAGCACGAUCAUCAACAUCAUCAACAGCAGGAUGAAAAGUGGUCUCAACCUGAUGAGACCCUAAACAAGGCCGAGGAAUACCAGCGUUUGAUCCAGCAACACCAAGAAUGGGAAUCUCAUAAGCAGCAUUCGGAACCUGCUCAUCAUCAACAUCACCAUAAUCAGCAGCAUCACCAUCAUCAACAGCAGCAACAUCAACAUCAUCAUCAUGUGCAGCACUACAGUCAUGUUCCAGAACAUCAGGUUCAUUACCAACCUCAGCAUCAGAAUAGCUACCAUCAAGCUCAGCAUGAACACAGCCAUCAUCACGCUCAACCUCAGCACCAUUUCUCCGAGCAUCAAGAACAUCAUCAGGUCCAUCAUCACUACCCACAAGCUCAGGCCUUGGUUCAGCAGCAACCUCAUCAACCAGUCUACAAGACCAAGCCUGUUCAUCAUCAGAAGGAAUCAGUCAGCUAUCACUAUGCUGCUCCUCAGCAAGAGAACCAUAAUCUGCACUCAAGCCUACCCCAAAAGCUGCCUUAUACGGCUGAGUUCCAGAAGCACACCCAGAUCCCCAUGAACUUGGUGGUUCAUCAACCUCAACAUCAAGGUCACCACCACGUGAUCCCAACUCAUCAGGACAAACCUCUGGUAAUCGAAAAGCCAGUGCCCUUCUACGUCGAGAAGCAGGUGCCCUACCACGUAGAUCGUCCAGUGCCCUACCCAGUCAAGGUCCCCGUUGAAAACCCAAUCCACAAAGAUGUCAGCGUCAUCCGGAUCCCCAAGCCGGUUGCAGUUCAUGUUGAGAAACCCUACCCGAUCUACGUGCAGCAUCCGGUGUACGUGGAGAAGCCGGUCCCCGUUCAGGUCGUCAUCAUGAAGGAGAAGAAGAAGCCGAUGUUCCCGUUCCUCGGGUUCUAAGCGGUGCCCUAAGUCCUUCAAAGUCUCUUUUUAGUAGUGAGGUGUCUGAAAAAGAAGAGACUCCAAAGUGUGUGCAAUAGUUGCGCGAUUGCUUGUAUGAGUUAGCUAGAUAGAUCCUGUAAUAUUAUUGUUGUUCCUGUUUGUUAUACGACUUGUUAAAUAAAUUAUUUAUUAUGAAUUGUUAA